AUGGUCCUGCUAUCAUCGCUGACUCCAGGAUGGGGGGCUCUCCUUUUCUCGUGGAUGCUAUUAUUCUUGUCUGGCGUUAGUGCGCAUUUCGAGGUCAUGUAUCCCGCGCAACGGAGAUAUGUAUAUCAUGAUCAGUUUAAGUUCCCAUGUUCUCCUAGAGAUCCGUCUGUUAACCGGUCCUCAUGGCCCGUGGCCGGCGGCGCCCUGUCUUUCGUUCCAAUCCACGCUUUCGCACUCACGACUGUAAACAUCGCGCUCGGCAAUAACAUCGACGAAAAUAUCGACUCCAACCCGUACAAUGUCCCCAUGGUCCCACUAUUUAACCAGACCGGUGGCAAUGCUACCUUCUGCAUUCCUAAAAUAAAAAUCCCUAAGAAAAUCGCGAGUGAGGUGGCAGAUGGUGUAAAUGCCACGAUGCAGGUUAUUCAGUUGACGGGUACUGGCGCUGCGCUGUAUAGUUGCAUGGACAUUACCUUCUCCGCGAGAGAAGCCGAAAUAUUUGCUGAGCCGGCGGUGUGGAACCAUUUUUGUAUCAAUGGAACGGGAAUGGGGGCACAAAAGAUCGGAGCUCCGAUAAAUGGAAGCAUAUCGAGUGCUGCAAUGAGGCUCAUGGACUGA